AAAGUUACUAAAAAUGGGUGAAGAACAAAAUCGAUUGCUGCCAAUAGCCAACGUGGGUCGGAUCAUGAAACAAAUCCUGCCACCAAGUGCCAAGCUCUCAACCGAGGCAAAACAAAGAAUGCAAGAGUGUGCGACCGAGUUCAUAAGCUUCGUGACGAGUGAGGCGUCCGACAAGUGCCGGAAGGAGAAUCGGAAGACGAUGAACGGAGACGACGUGUGUCGGGCGUUGAGUGCUCUCGGGCUCGACAACUAUGCUGAGGCCAUCGUGAGGUAUUUGCAUAAGUAUAGGGAAGCUGAAAGGGAGAGGGUAAUAGCUAGCCGAAACAAUCAAACAAACAGCUAUGAAGAUAAAGAUAUUGAAGAAUCGGAUCAAAAUGGUCAACCAUCUCGACAAGCUGAUGAAACUCAAACUCCAUUGAUGAAUAUGUCUAUAUAG